UGAAAAGGUGGCAACCCUAUGACAAAACGAAAACUUAGUAUUUAAAGUUGCAGCUGCUGGUUAUUGUACGAGAGUGUGGUUCGCUAGACCAGGAGGCAGCAGCACCGACUCGCGUCGGAAAUUCUGGGAUUCUAAUUGAAGAUCGCCACGUGCCGCUCUGUAGAGUACGCUUUCCAUCAAUUGCAAAAGCGACAACAGCUGGGCUUCUAAAUGGUGCAACAUUUUCUUCUGCGAAAAAUAUGUAAUUGCCUUUUUUCUAGUGAAAGCAUCGUCUGUUGCGUUUUAAAGGGACAGGCAGCUAGACAGAAAGUUAAGCUGAGACAGACGAACCCAAAGGUUCUAAGUAACACCACUCAGUGCAGUUCCAAGUUGAGCAAAUUGAAACACAAACACUAGGAAUUUAUUUUUGAAACAAAGGCCACUGUGUCUUAUGGGUUAUCGCUCCCUAUUUUAUAAAUAAUGAUGCAGACCUGAUGAAUGUGAACUUCACAGCAUUAGACCUUUCGUUUACGGUGCCAGCCGUACAAACCCACAACACUGCCUUGACGCAGUUUCUAUCUGAUUGCCUGUAAGAGAAAAGUGGAGUGGGAAUUGGAACUGUGGAAAAGCAAAGCGCUACCUGCGGCAUUUUAAGGGCAGCCUCUACCUUUCACGCGUUUCUCUACCUGACAUUGUAAAUAGGCACGAUUAUAGCUGAAAAAAAUCAGUUGCACAGAAAUAACCAGGGAUCUCUGUUCCCUUGUGAAGGGGGUCUUUUUUCCUCAUUCGCUGUUAAGAUUUAUAAAAGUCAGUAGCGUAAGUCGGUGUUUUUUUAGCCAUUUGAUGUCUUCUCCUGCAUGGCUGAAUGCAGCAGCCACAACGGCAGAAAAGGCAUAGUGGUGGUGUUUCAAUAGAUGGACUUCAGCCUUAAGUGGUGAAAGCAGCCGUGAAUAAUGUCGCCCAAGGAUCCCCACAGGACCACCAUGAGAGAGUUGGCACUGGAGAUUGGUAUACGAGUUCUUCUGUUUGGAGUUUUUAUUUUUACAGAGUUUCUGGAACCUUUUCAGCGAGUUAUCCAGCAGGAGGAGAUUUGGCUAUAUAAAAACCCUCUUAUAAAAUCAGACCACAUACCUACAAGGGUCAUGUUUGCAAUUUCAUUCCUUACCCCUCUGGCUGUCAUUUUUGUGGUGAAAAUAAUCAGAAGGACAGAUAGAACAGAAAUUAGGGAGGCCUGUUUAGCUGUUUCACUAGCUCUUGCACUAAAUGGAGUAUUCACAAAUACAAUCAAAUUAAUAGUUGGAAGGCCUCGUCCUGAUUUCUUUCAUCGCUGCUUUCCAGAUGGAGUGAUGGAUCCUGAAAUGCACUGCACUGGCGACCCAGAUUUGAUAGCUGAUGGAAGAAAGAGCUUUCCAAGUAGUCAUUCAUCCUUUGCUUUUUCAGGCCUUGGUUUUACUUCCUUCUAUCUGGCUGGAAAGCUACACUGUUUCACAGAAAAUGGCCGCGGAAAAAGCUGGAGGCUUUGUGCCGUCAUUCUGCCCUUGUAUUGUGCUAUGAUGAUUGCUUUAUCAAGAACAUGUGAUUACAAACAUCACUGGCAAGAUUCUUUUGUUGGCGGAGUGGUUGGUUUCAUAUUUGCUUACUUUUGCUACAGACAGCAUUACCCUCCCCUUGCAAGCAUAGUCUGUCAUAAGUCCUAUGCCAGCCUGUUACAUCAGACCUUGUCAAAAGAAGACGAGAGGCCAGCUGUGGAGAAUGCUACUAGCCUUCCUUUAGAAGGAUUAACGGAAGGACCUGUAUGACCAAAGCAAUUCAAGAACUGACUUUCACCCUUCUAACAUUCCAUGAAAUGGAUAGUGUAACAUAUUUUAGGCUUGUUACUUUUUGAUCUAAACUUUUUUGAACAACAGUAAUCCUUGGCUAAGGAGAUUCAAUUGUCAACUUUGAUACUUAAGCUUGUAAUAAUAUAUUCAAGAUCUUUGCUUAUCAUACUUGAAACAUUUGUAGACCAACAAUAGCAUAUUCUGCCACAAUUUAUGAUUUUUGUAACAUAUGUAACUGUAAGCACCAAGAUCUAGCCUGAUCAUCCAUGUGACAAAAGUAAUGAAAAUGUUUUUAUCAUUUUUUUUAUUUUAUUUAAUUUCAGUUUUGGUUUAUUUAAGAGAUGGUAUGUAAUUUACUAAAAUUAUCCCUAGCUUAAAUAUAAAUUUUAUAUGACCACUGACAGGAAGAGCAACUUCUGUUUAAUUAUGUAGUUGCUUUUCAUAUUUCUUUUUGAUGAAACUGCACGUAACACUAUGGAAAUAAAUUUACAUUGUUACAAUA